GAUUGAUGUAGUGACCCCUGGUAGAAACUCUCCCUCGAAAAAUCAUUUGAAACCCUUUCCGAAUAAAGGGCCGAGCGGUACACCAAAAGCUGCAGAGAGCGAAUAGCUUAGGUUGCUGGUUACUACUGACAGUACCGAAAGAUGAACGAUCCGCACUCUGUAAUGUUAUUGAAAGAUGCGUUUACCGUGAAGGAUUCGAAGUUGAAAGUGAAUAUAAUGGGUGUUAUUGUUGAAACCAGCUUUCCAAGACGUAGCAGUGGGAGCGAUUGUGUGUGCGUGGUGAGAAUAGUGGACGAGUGGCAUCAGAAGCCUGAAAUCCCAGUUAUUAUUUUUACCGAGAGAUUGGAUGAAUUGCCUCAUGUCAAGUCUUGUGGAGAUAUCAUUCUUCUUAAUCGUAUCGUGAUGACAGUGUACGAUCGUGAAGUGUCAGCUGUUUUCAAUAAGAAAUAUUCUUCUUUUGCUCUUUUUGAAGGAAAAUCUGGGGACAUUACUCCAUAUCAAGCUUCCUCAACAUUUUGCCUAAGAAAUCCUAAUGAUUUGUUCUUAACUCGUAUGAGGAUGUGGUUGUUGAAUUAUCAACCUGAUGGAGGAGGAAGUGACUACUUAGUUUCAUUAAAAGAGAUAAAAGAAGGUCGAUUCUUUGAUUUAGUAUGCAAGAUUCUGCUUGUUUCUGAAGUUUCUCAAGAUGAAUGGAUGCUCUUUGUCUGGAAUGGAACUGAUGCUCCUGCGUUAAGUUUUGAAACAAAUUGGAAUCACAGGCUAGAAGAUGAAGCAAAAAAUUCACUUCCUCUUCAUUUGGAACCAUCGCCUUUGGCAAGGGAGACACUUUGCACAUUCCCCACUGUGGGCACCAUCUUAAGGGUUUCUGGGCCUCCAGGCGUAAAGCUUGGCCAACAUUUCCAAGGUUGUGGUCAAUGGGUGAGACUCCGUAACAUAAGUUGUCGAGCAUGCUCAGGGUUGUGGCAUGGUAUUAUGAUGCCUACAUCUAAGCUCCGGUCUUUGCCAGACAAGGAUCAAUAUGUAACUCAGCAUCAAAGGGAUUAUAAUGAUCGAAUAUCAACUUAUGGCUGUGUGCCUUUGUUGAGCUAUCAAUGUCCUCGUACUACAGUGACUAAUUUGGAACUGAAAUGUGUGACUUUGAUGGAUAUUCUCACUUCUUCAGAGGUGACGGCUGUAUUCAAGACUGUUGUUCGUGUGGUAGCUACUGACCCCUGGAAAGUUGAGGACUUCUGUUCUCCUGGUGGGGUGCAUGAUUAUAGGAUCAGAUUUACCUUAGAGGACCCAACUGCUAGAGUCCAUGCUUAUCUGUAUGCUGAGGAAGGGGACAAAUUUUUUGGUGGUAAACCCCCUUUGAAUGUAUUGACAAGCAAGAGGAAUAUAUUACUUGGUAUAAAUGAAAAAGAAAAUAGUGAGGAUAACAACAAUGCUCCAAGAAAUCCUCCUUGGAUAGAAUGUUGCAUAAAAUCUUAUUAUCGGGAUAAAAGUAAUGCAUGGGGAAGUAGAAGAUUUCAAAUCUUUGGAACUAUUCUUAUUCCAUAAGACGGUGGGAGACUACAGGUCAGUUGUGUUUUUUAGUUUAUCUUCAAAACAUGGUACGAAUGAUACAAUAACUGAUAUUAUGAUUUUUUGUAUAAUGUACAUUUGUUAUUACUCUGACUUUUUUGAAUGUGCAGGGAAUGUCUUUUUGGGGUUUUUUUUUUUUUUUUUUUUUUUUUUUUUUUUUUAAUGUACAGGAAAUGUUUUUUGCCAUCUGUCUAUUUCAAAUACCUUUUUUCAUCAUCAGGUGUAAUUUUCAGAGUUGCUUGCAAUCAUGUAAUUUUUUAGGGGUUUUAGUUGAACUCUAGUAAACAGAUUAUAUCUUGAUGUGCCUUCGCCUUCCGAGAAACCUCUCCCUAUGUUUAAUUAUAUCAUUUUAAGGGGUUGAAAUUUUAAACUU